AUGUCCGAGCCAGUCCCAGAAUCCGUCCCAACAAGCGCGGACCCGCGCAGCAAACGGCCCACCAAGCGAAGAGCAAUCACACCACAUUCCGAACAGGCCGGCGUAAUCGAAACGCUCUUCAAAGACCCGUCAAAAGAGAUCAAACUCCCAGAAUCCUCAAACCCGCGCACGUCCUCUUCGCUCGCGCCGCCGCCUGAGAUAGUAACCAAUGUCCAAGGUUCAUCGGCUGGUGCAGGCUCCGGCGAAUUCCACGUCUACAAGGCGAGCCGACGCCGCGAGUAUGAGCGCCUGCGCCUCAUGCAAUCAGAGGUGGAGAAGGAGAAAGAGAAUGCGGAUUGGGAGAAGCAGAGGGAAGAGGCGAAGCGAAAGGAUGACGAGAAGACGGAGAAGAACCGCAAGCGCCGCGAGAAGAAGCGUAAUGCUAGAGGGAAGAAGGGUGGUGGUCAGAAUACAACGAUGGAGGUUGAUAAGCCCUCCAUCACGAAGGGGCCAUCCGUGCCCAGCCAGGAUGAUCAGGAAGCUAGUACCGAGGCCCAGGUGUCGUAUGGAGUAGUUCCAGGUGUGAUUAUCCAUGAUGAAGAUUAG